AUGCAGUUAAUUAGUAAUAAGAUCCUACUAAAAGCUCUGACGAUACUUGCUAGUAGGUUUACAAUGACACAUUUGCUGCUUAUUUGAAGAGGAAGCAGAAUGAUGGAUAUUGGUGACAUAGAGUUGAAAAAUGUCAUUCAAAGUAAUGCACAUGGAGAGGACAAUCCGGGAUUUGAGGCUGAGGAGGAAACAAUGUCAGAUCACAACAGUGAGACAGCAGAGAAAGAUUCAGAAAAAGAGUCCAAAUUAUUUACAAGCAAAAUAUGCAAACCCAUCAUGGCUACUGAAAACUUUUUGAAGGCUCACUCUAGAACCUUCAGAUACCUUGCCCUGGGGAUACUUGCUGCAGGCUAUGUGGCAUACUUUGUUGCUGCGUGCUGGUUGAACUUCCAGAAAGCCACUGCUCUUGUUGUCCUUACCAGUGUGGGUGUGUUUUUCACAUUGUAUGAUUUUGUGAAGAGGUCCAAGGGAGACACUAUAAAACACUUCUUAAAGCCUGCUGUUAGAUGCUUUAAAGCCAACAUCAGGUGGAUAAAAUGGGUUUUUAUAUUAGUGGUGAUAGGACUGUUGGUGGCCUGGCUUGCAGUUGACACAAGGCAAAACCCUGAGCAGCUCAUCUCAUUUGCUGGUGUCUGUCUCUUUAUCAUUGGCUUAUUCAUCUUUUCUGCAAAAAGAUAUGCAGUGUGCUGGAGGACAAUCUUCUGGGGUCUUGGUUUACAGUUUGUCAUGGGCCUGUUUGUCAUAAGGACUGAGCCUGGUUUCAUAGCUUUCAAAUGGCUGGGAGCACAAGUACAGACAUUUUUAAAUUACACCCAUGCUGGCUCAUCUUUUGUCUUUGGCAGUCUGGUUGAGUCCAACAUCUUCGCAUUUCAGGCUUUACCUAUAGUGAUAUUUUUCAGCAGUAUUAUGUCAGUACUUUACUUCCUUGGUGUGAUGCAAUGGAUUAUCAUGAAGAUUUCCUGGAUUAUGCAGAUAACAAUGGGAACCUCUCCUACAGAAUCACUGAGUGUUGCAGGGAAUAUAUUUGUUGGACAGACAGAAGCACCACUGCUAAUUCGUCCCUAUUUAAAAGACAUGACCAAGUCUGAGAUGCAUGCUGUCAUUGUUGGAGGUUUUGCCACAAUCGCAGGCAGUGUGAUGGGAGCUUUCAUUUCAUUUGGGAUUGAUGCAUCCUCUUUGAUCGCUGCCUCUGUAAUGGCUGCUCCAUGUGCAUUGGCCAUGUCCAAACUCUCAUAUCCUGAAACUGAAGAGAGCAAGUUUAAAUCUGAUGACAAUAUCAUCAUAGAAGGCGGUGGUGAACAGAAUAUCCUAGAGGCUGCUUCUGCUGGAGCAUCUGAAUCUGUUGGGCUUGUGGCUAACAUAACUGCCAACUUGAUUGGAUUUCUUGCCAUUCUGGAGUUCAUCAAUUCAGCUUUGAGCUGGCUGGGUGGAAUGGUGGGAUAUCCAGACAUCACAUUUGAGCUCAUCUGCUCAUAUGUAUUCAUGCCGGUGGCCUUCAUGAUGGGCAUACCAUAUAGUGAGUGCUUCACUGUGGCUGAACUUAUUGGCACCAAACUGUUCCUUAACGAGUUCAUAGCUUAUGAGAAGCUGUCAAAACUGAAAAACAAUCGACUAAAUGGCAUCACAGAAGUGGGAAAAUACAUUACAGCUUGUGAAAUAUAAUCUGUGUCAUUUAAGGUCAGAUCAGAAAUCAUCAGCACCUAUGCACUGUGUGGCUUUGCCAACUUCAGUUCACUUGGAAUUGUGAUUGGAGGCAUGUCUUCUAUUUGUCCUUCAAGAAAAAGUGACAUUUCUGCUUUAGUGCUAAGAGCCUUGUUCACAGCCACUUGUGUGUCCCUGAUUAAUGCUUCUAUUGCUGGCCUUCUUUUUCUUCCUCAACUAGAUUGUAUAGAUGUGUUUAAAAAUUCUGUUUUCAACACCACUGAUGAAAUCCAAACUUGCUGUUCUGACCUCUUUGAAAGUGCUGUGAAGAACGGAACAGUGAUUUCCUUCGAGGGAUCUUGGCACAUGGUGAAAAACGCUACUCUUUAUUUUACAGAGUGCUACCAUCUUUAUAAUGAAACUGAUUACAUUUAGAACAUGUUAAUUUUAUGA